AUGUCUGCAGCUGCCUCCACCUCAGCAGCCCCAGCGAUGGACGAUCGCAAGACGCUUCGACUUCACAUAUGGGGCUCGUCGUCCUCCGUGCCCACACUCGACCCGACCUCGCUUUACGCUGCAUCCCUUCUGCAGGCCACAUUCGCCCGCACCGACACCGUAAAAGUACAGCUCGCCUCCGCGUCGACAUCGCUUUCGCGUGUGCCCCUACUGCAGGUGCUCAACGAGGACGACGAGACGGUAGAGCUGCUGGACAGCAUCGACUCCAUCCGCGCAUACUGUGUCGCCUCUGGCAUCGACUCAGCCCUCACCUCCGAUGAAGAGCGCGCCAAGCAAACAGCGCUGCACGCCCUGCUCGACGAUCAGCUGCUGGACCUCACCCUCCACUCGCUUUUCAGCCUGCCCGCCAACUUCCGCACCGCCACUGCUCCCGCCUACUCGUCCGUCGGUGGCAUCGAUUCUCCUUCCUCCUCUGCACUGUCCAAGCUCGCCUCGCUGCCAUCGCGUUUCCAGCCAUCGAUCCCGUCGCGACUGCGCAAUGUGGUCGAAACGCGCCUCACCGCAGUCGGGCUGUGGGGGCUCGGCGGCAAGGAGGCGUCCGCCAAGACGGGCGAGACCGACGAGUUGGCCGCCCGAGCAGGUUUGCCAGCACGAAAGCGCGGGCUCGGGGCUUCGGCAAAGGAUGCGGUGCGGGACGAGUUUGAGCGGUCCAAGCUAGGCAGACGGUGGAGUGAGGUGCUGGACGUCGUCGAAUCUGCGCUGUCCUCAGGCGGACUUGGGGGGCAGGAGGUGAGCAGUCUGGACGCGCACGUCUUCGGAUACCUCGCACCGUUGUUGUUCGCCGAACCGAGGCUGCCGGUGGAUACCCUGCCCAGGCUGGUCGCCGCAUCCUACCCGCGACUGGCAGCGUACCUGACGAGCACAAAGGAGAAGCUCUUUCCGGAGACACCAAGUUGGAUCUCACCCACCCAGGCUCUCGCCAAUCCACCCUCGAUGGACGCUGCAAGCUCGUCCGGCCUCCUCUCGUACAUCUGGCCUUUCACGCCCGCUUCGAACAAGGCAAGUUUCGCACCCAAACCAACAGCAGAAUUCGCGACAACAGCACCGCGAGAGCGACAGAGAAAAGCGCAGAACCCAGCGACGUCUCCUGAAGACAGGAGACUGCGAUGGGGCCGUGCGCUGUGGAUCUGCUCGGCGCUCGUCGGGCUGGUUGGGUAUACGUUUGCAAGUGGCAUUGUGAGUGUCAGAUUUGUCGGCCCUGAUGAGGUUGUGGAGGUGGAGGAUGAUGAGGAUGAUGAUGACGAUGAUGAUGAUGACGACGACGAUGAGGAUGAGCAUGAAGAUGAGAAUGAGGAGGACGAAGAGCAAGACGGAUGGGAGGCGCAAACCGAAGACGAUCUGGAGGAGGAGAUUGAUAUGGACGACGACGAUGACGACGAGGAGGAGGAGUACUAA